UUGCAAGCGAGCGAGCCUGUCUUGACACAUCUGGAGCGAGAAACUUACUUUUCUUUCGUGCGCGUUUCUCAACGUUCUUUAUCUUUCUUUUUCUUCAUGUUCAAGGGGGAGAUAAGUUGAGAUUUUUCUUUCGCAAGGAUUGUCAUCCAUUCUGCCGCACGUGGAAGACGCGAUGACGCCUCGCAAAUUGAUGCGUCAAAGUGGUAACUAUUGAGAAGAAAGGUCUUGCUGUUUUUAGUCAUGGGGAACCACGCCAGCAGCACCGGGGAUGGUGACAACCUUGAGUGACACCCCCUCCCACGGCCGCCCCAACAACCUGGCCUGGGACUAUUAUUAUUAUUUGAUUGUUAAUUUGACUGCACGUUUCUUUUGGAAGACGUGGCUGGAAUAAAGCGUCAUGGCUCCAAGUCUGAGGGGGAUUUUUUUUCUAAAAAAGACCUAAAAAUACAGCGUUGGUUUUUCUCUUCGCCCUACAAAGACUUCAUUUGAACUUCCCACCGCAGAAGGCAGAGCGACAUAAAUAGUGCUGACAUGUGGAUGUAAUUUCACGAGAAAGGGAGGGAAGGGGUGUUUAAAAGACACACAUGCAAAAAAAAAAAAGUGGUGGUGGGGGGGGGGAUAAAGUGAGCACUGCUGAGCCUAUAAACGUUCAGAUGAUAGGAAAUUAAAAGACCUGCUGGAUUACAUGCGGGGCAUAAGCAGCGACAGAGGCCAGAUGGAAUAAAAAAUUUAAAAAAAACACCACACACUCCUCUUUGAAGAGUAGUUUUGAAUCAUUCAAAUCCGAGCAUCAUCAGCAUCAUUUGGGAGAGGCCUGCAAGGACUCGGUGCAAGAAGUGACUGCAGCAGGUCAGUGAUGGGCUCCACUGCGCUGCUCCACAGUCUGGAUUUGCUUUUCCUCUCACUGCUCUGCACUUUCUGCCUGGCCGUUGCAGAUGAUGUACUCACCAAAGAGGAGCAGAUCGCACUGCUGUUCAAAGCCAAGCGCAAAUGCGAAGGUCUUGUCAAGUCGAGGCAAGGCAAGCUUCCCGAUGGUUACUGCUCACCCGAAUGGGAUGGCAUUGUGUGUUGGCCCGAAGGGGCUUCGGGGAAGCUGGUGUCCACCUCAUGUCCGGAGUAUAUCUACGACUUCAACCACAGAGGGCGAACGUACCGCCGCUGUGGCAACAAUGGGACGUGGGAGAUCUCCGCAGCCAAUAACAAGACGUGGGCCAAUUACAGCGAAUGUGCAAAAUUCCUCUAUCAUUACAACCAGAACCAAGAGAAGGAUGUCUUCCAUCGCUUGUACCUCAUUUACACCGUGGGCUACUCCGUCUCGCUGGGGUCGCUCAUCGUGGCUGUGGUCAUCUUGGGAUAUUUCCGACGUCUACACUGCACCAGGAACUACAUCCACAUGCACCUCUUCGUGUCCUACAUGUUGAGAGCUGUGAGCAUCUUCGUCAAGGACAUCGUGCUCUACUCGGGAUCCGCCUUGGAAGAUGUGGAACGUGUCACAGUGGAAGAACUCAAGUCCAUCACGGAGGCUCCUCCAUCCAACAAAGCCCAUUUUAUUGGCUGCAAGGCGGCCGUGACGCUUUUCUUGUAUUUCCUGGCGACCAACUACUUCUGGAUCCUGGUGGAGGGUCUCUACCUGCACAGCCUCAUCUUCAUGACCUUCUUCUCAGACCGGAAAUAUCUUUGGGGCUUCACUCUGAUUGGAUGGGGUGUGCCAGCCAUGUUUGUGAGCGUUUGGGCGACAGUGAGGGCCACGUUUGCGGAUACAGAAUGCUGGGACUUAAGUGCGGGCAAUUUGAAAUGGAUUUAUCAAGUGCCUAUACUUGCAGCUGUUGUGGUCAAUUUUGUCUUAUUUUUAAACAUCAUCAGAGUCCUAGCAACCAAACUGCGCGAGACCAAUGCAGGAAGGUGUGACACCAGGCAGCAGUACAGGAAACUGCUGAAGUCCACGCUGGUUCUGAUGCCGCUGUUUGGCGUGCACUACAUCAUAUUCAACGCCAUGCCCUACACGGAAGUGUCCGGCAUCCCUUGGCAGAUCCAGAUGCACUACGAGAUGCUCUUCAACUCCUUCCAGGGCUUUCUUGUGGCAAUUAUAUACUGCUUUUGCAACGGGGAGGUGCAAGCGGAGAUCAAGAAGUCGUGGAGCCGUCGGACCCUGGCGCUGGACUUUAAGCGGAAGGCGCGCAGCGGCAGCAACACGUAUAGCUACGGCCCGAUGGUGUCGCACACCAGCGUCACCAAUGUGACCGCCCGGGCGCCACACGCCCUCCACCUCACCACCCGGCUGGGCCCGGCGCCGCUCAACGGGCACCGCAACCUGCCUGGCUACAUCAAGAACGGCUCCGUGUCCGAGUGCUCGGCACCGUCGUCGGGCCAGGAGAUCCACGCCGAACCCGAGGAGGUCUGCGCCGCUUCGGGGCAAAGGCCGCCGGCGGGCCUGGAAGCCGAGGUGGAGAAGCCCUCACCUGUGCUGGUGGUGGAGGAGGAGCGGGAGACGGUCAUGUGACGCUUCCGUAAAAAUGGGGGAACCCAAAAUGUUGUGGCCAAGACACUUUGAGCUGCCACAGUGAAUGUGCAACAGUCUUAAAACGGGCUGUCUUUUUAAAAUCAAUUUCAUUUCUUUGCAUCCACUGCCAUCAUUUUAUGAUUUUUUUUUUUUUACAUGUUGCCAUUUUGUUGUUGCAUAAAAAGGCUGGAGUUGCCAGAAAACAGCCUUAAUCGAUCUCACGACAGGCGUGGAGAUAUGUUUCUUGUUUCGAAAAAGUUCUCAUUGUUGUUAAAGGGAAGGCACUCAGGUAAUUCUUGUACGCUUAUGAUUUUUCAAUUCUCUUUUUUUAUUUUUUAUGGAAAGGCAGUGAAGCAUUUAGCAACAAUCUUCUGCACAGUCCGAGCUAUUUGACGCAGUCGAAAUGAAUGUUUCCAGCGUUGCUCGACAAUUUGUAUUCGGCUACACUGAGGAAUCUCCGAGCACGUUAAAUGUGUCGCCAAGACAUUUCUCCAAAGCUGAUCCAGUGCUAGAUACUGUAUGCUGCUUUGAUGAUGUACAUACAAGUCACAAUGUUUACAAAUGCCGAUCAAAUUGUUGAGCUCAUGUUGUUGUAAAGUAGAGUUUUUGGUGUGGAUGUAUAUUUCUGUUGUUUUUGUGAUAUUUGACGUACGUGCAGUAAACACUCCAAACUCAAACAGCAACAUUUUAAAAUUCUACAUUCCAUAAACCAAGGUGAUUUUUCGGUAUUUUUUCUUUUACAUUGAGCAGCAUGUUGCACUAACAGUUAGCAAAUCUGCCUCGGUUCUGGUUUGAACCCCAGCUUCGUUCCUUCCUUCCUUCCUUCCUUCCAAUCUUUUAAUUUUUAAAACUAAUUCACUCUUCUUCCGUUCCGUUUAGUGUGAGCUACUGUUUUUGAUCAGAUCCAAUCUGCCUUUCACUUUAUCAGAGGCAAAAUCAACUGUCUAGACAUCUAUAAUGAAAAUGUCACAGCUAUGGACCUUCGCUAAUUCAAAAUAAACAUCUGGAAAAUACGAUGGUAUUUGAGCACUUUAUCGAGAUGAUUAAAAUAGAUAUUAAUACAGUCCUCUGUUCUGAUUGUAUCAUGUCAAACGAUGGUUUGGCAGCUAAUUAUAAAAUGUCUGCUUGUUGUUGUCUUUUUGGAUCCUGUUGCCGUGGAAAUAAAAGGCCAAGUGUACAUACAUGCGUGUUUACAAUGUGGCUUGUGAAUAAUACAAUAAA